UUUCACUACGGAAAGAAUAAACCUUUCCUUGCAUAAAGGAAUAAGAUCACUUCGACUCCCUCAACUGACCACGAAAUCUAAAUCGUAUCCCUCAACCGCAAUACCAGGAAUCUUGACCCCCCCCAACUUACAAAACCGGUGCACUUUGACUCCCAAGGCAGUUUUGCGGAUGGUUUUUGCCUACGUGGCACUUUGACCGCGUCAAAUGUGCUGAGUCAGCUAGGCAGUUCGGAAUAAAUCCCCUCACUCGUGGUUGGUGUUGCCCAUUUCUCUUGCCCAUCUCUCACUCAUCAACGGAGAGUAGUCGGCGGCGGAAUCCGGCGAAGAGUAGGCGGCGGCGGCGGCGAGGGAGAGUAGGAGCGGUGAUGGCGAGCUAUCGGAGUGAAGGCUCGUUGACAUCUUCCUGGCGCACAUCCGCAGCUCCCAUCCCUUACCGCGCUGGUCCAUUUGAGUACCAGCCGGCGGUGCUGUGCAACUGCGGAGCAAAGGCGGCGAGGUGGAUCUCCUGGAGCAGGGACAACCCCGGGCGGCGGUAUUUCAAAUGCUCCGAUGCCAGGAAUGGUGGAUGCGAGUUUUAUAAGUGGUUUGAAGGGCCUACUAGCAGCUUUAUUCGUGAUUUGCUGAACGAUUUGCGUGAUGCUGUGUGGUCACUGAGGAUGGAGAAGGAGCAACUUGAGGUGGCUGCUGCGGAUGGCCUGGCGAAGGCAGCGGAAGCCAAUGCAUGCAGGCAAGAGAUGGUUGUAUUGAGGAAGACGGUUGCAGAGCAAGAGACAAAGAUGGCAGUGCUAGAGGACAUGAAUAGGAGGCUGGAGAAUGAGAGAUGUGUAAUCUUUUCUGGUUUGCUAGUAGUAGUUUGUGGCGUGUUUCUGUUAAUGUUUGGCAAAAAAUGAGUUAUCUGUGUGUGUGAGACAGUUGUCAUCACAUUUAGCAAUCUGUAAUGUGUCAACGAGUAUACCCGUAGACCGGAUAUAGAGGGUAUUGAGGUACACUGGUACAAGGAUCUACGUAGUACGACAUCGAGCAAUCAAAAGACAAGAAUUAUACUG